UCAGACCUGACUUGGAUGGAAGACCACGGGGAAAUCAAACAAAGGGGAAGCUCUUCCAUCUGGCUGCCUAGAAGACCGCGCGGACAGGCCUUGCGGUUGAACCGAUCUGAGGGUGUCCUCCCCUUACCGUCCCUUGACCCACUCUUCUCUCUUUUCUCCUUGCCUUCCAAGGAACUGGCUAAAUAUUUCCUGGCAGAGCUGCUGUCGGAACCCAGCCAGCCGGAGAACGAGGCCCUGGGCUCGGAUGACCUGUCCCGUGGGGCUGAGCAAGACGAGGUCAGACUGGAACUCGAGAGGUCAGCCAACCUGAACCCAGGUCUGACACCUCGGGAGCGCAAAGCCGGAUGCAAAAACUUCUUCUGGAAGACCUUCACCUCCUGUUAGCUUUCGAAACCUCUUCCUCCCCUUCGCUCCGCUCCAGUCUCUCUCUGAUUUCUCAGUCUCUUCAUGCCAGGAGCUGAAGACUGUAAUAUAAAACAUAUUGUUAAGGUAAAAGGGAAAAAAAGAAAAAAAAAAGAAAGGAAAAAAAAUACAAUUUGAUUUUGAAGUGGUUUUAAUAAAACUUUCUGUUUCAAUUGUACACACUUUUCUUGAGUUUGUGAUCUCUACUUCUUCAUGACACACCAGUCCGUUCCCGACGCUGGAAACCGCUGCUGAGUAUGCUGAUUUAAAUUCUUUCUCGCAAUAAAGUUUAUGUUUCAAA